UGCCCUCUGUGUGCUUGUGAGGGUGAGGACCCUGUGGUGGCCUGGAAUCCCACUGAGGGCAUUUCCUGGGACAUGCUGUGAGUUCCCCAUAACCCUGUAUUAAAUAUGUGCUUAUGGAAGAUGGAUGAAAUAGUGAAUGCAAUGAGGAACAGCAGUAAUGACCUGCAGGAAACCCCAGGGCUGCCCUUGGCUGCACGUGGGGACCGUGUGCUGUUUAGGAAAUAUUAGUGCUGUGCUGUCAUCUGCUGUUUUUAACACAGAGAUUCAGACUGGGGGAGUCUGUUUGAUCAGAGCAUCUCGCUCUGCCUGCUGUCCUGGGAGGAGCUGCAGUGUGGGAUAUGAUGGGGUCUAGUCACAUGAUGAUUAUUGUGUUUAGGUUAAGAUGCCGCAUCGGAAGGGUGUCGGUUCAGGUUUCAGCAGAUUACGUUCACCGUUGGGUCCCUGAGUGAAGCUCUUAACCCCCAGGGACUGGCUGACCCUGCUUUCUCAAAAAAAGAAUGGGACAAAAAAGUACUGGGACUUCAUGCGGACCCAUGACAGCGUAUCAGUGCUGAUCUUCAACACCACAGCCCACUGCUUCAUUCUGGUCAAGCAGUUCCGCCCAGCCGUCUACAUGUGUGAGUGGGAGAGGAACAAGCGGAAGGAGAAAGGCCCCGAGGAGCCGGCGGAUGUCCAUGCGGACCCCCCUCCUGCAUCAGCAGGGGUUACGUACGAGUUGUGUGCGGGGCUGGUGGACAAGCCCCACCUUUCCCUGGAGGAGAUUGCCCGGCAGGAGGUCCUGGAGGAGUGCGGCUAUGACGUGCCAGCAGAUAAGCUGCGGAGGAUCACCUCGUACAGGUCGGGCGUGGGCGUCACCGGUGCCAAGCAGACCCUUUUCUACGUGGAAGUGUCGGACGAGGACUGCGUGGGCGACGGCGGGGGCCAGCCCCAGGAGGGGGAGCUCAUCGAGGUGGUGAAGGUGCCCCAGCACCAGGCCCUGAACUUUGCAUAUGAUGAGAGCAUCCCCAAGAGCAUGGGGGUCAUCUUCUCCUUCAUGUGGUUCCACAACAACAUGUCGCCCAAGUUUAAGAUCUCCACCAGCGUGUAGCCACCUGCUCCAUCUUCUCCAUAGUCUUCAUAUGUGACUAUUGAUUUUAAUUUAUUUUAUCUUCUGAUUACUUAUGUUUCCUAUUUACACACUGAAAGCUGAUAUUAUGCACUGAUUAAUUUUUGCAAGACCUGGGUGCUGUUUCAUGCUGGUAUGUUAAAAAGGUCAGGUUUUGCUUACACUAACUGGUUGUAAUUAAGGGUUUUAUGUCAUUGGUCCAAACCCGGUUGUCUGUGUCGCAAAGCUGUAUCCUCCCUCUGUAGCCACUGGCAAGGUAUGGACUUCCUUACCUACAGGAGAAGCUCGAAUGCCCCAAGAGAGGGAGCGUCGCUUGCAGGAGGAAGUCUGUGCUCAGGACUGAGGGGCUGACACUCUGGCUGCUCAGCAGACUCCUUUUCAUCCUCUGAAAUGUCCGUGCUGCAGUUGCAGUGACCAGGAAAGUUCUGAUUCUGAAGCUGACAGCUGCCCAGGGAAUUAAAAUGCACAGGGACAGUCAACCUUAAAAUCUCCUGCUGAAAUCUCAGGUCCAAAACAAUGCUUUUGUGAAAUGGUGCGUCUUUCAGGGACUUGUGAAACACCAGGUUUCUACUCUUUAUAAUGAAGCUUUACGGCAAUCAGUGGACACCUCUGAGAGCGGUUACAGUAGGGGAUGCCCCACACGAAGGAUAAGGGUCUCAACGCCACAUGCGGUGUGACCCCGGUGACCAUGUGACACCAUUGAUUAUGUGACAGGGCUGUUUUCCUCACAUAUCUGUGCCAAUUGUCUGUGUUUAGUUUGAGACCAAUGGACUCAGAGGCUUAAACAUGAGUAUCUAUCUGAUCCUCCAGAACCAGAGUCCAGGGUGUUUUAAAGGACACAUUUCAAUUAGCACCUGCUUUGUGCCUGAAAUAUCAGGUGAGGCAAAUAACUGCCUAAUUCAUGGCUUCAAUAAAGCAGUCCAGGGCUGGAUGUGUACCUCCGCUGGAGGCCAGGGCUGGAUGUGCACCUCCGCUCGAGGCCAGGGCUGGAUGUGCAGCUCCGCUCGAGGCCAGGGCUGGAUGUGCAGCUCCGCUCGAGGCCAGGGCUGGAUGUGGGUUUCCCUCAUUUACAUUAAUGAUCACACUGCUAACACUUUGGAUUUGACAGCACAUCUGUAGGACAUGAACAAUGACAUUCUCUGUUUUCCUAACAACUUUACACUUACUAUCUUACCUUGUGGCCUGAUAUCACACAUUUAAUUUUUUCCGGAAAGUACUUAUUUCAGCACACGCCCAAAAAUAUACAUUUUUACAUGUGACCUUCUCCUUUUUUGUUGCUUGUAUUUUGUCAUCAAUGCUGCUUUUAAUUUUAACCAUGGCAAGAACUUCCUGAUUGCAGAAUUAUUCACUAGUUUUAGCUGUCCCAUGGUGAGGUGAAAUGCUUCCACUUUUUUGAGUUUUGAGGAAAAGCUGCUUUCUAAAAAUGGCCGUUCUCCCAGGGAGAAGAAAAACCUGAGUGAACAGAAAACCAUCUUAAAGGUGUUGGUGAUGGUGGACCGUCCAUCCAGAAAUCACAAUGAUCUGCCACAUGAGACACUUCUGAUGUCAAUGCAAAGCUGCUGUUUUUUCAGUAAACCAUAGAGAAGUGGUCUCCCCACACCCCUUUGUGUUUCCAUAUGGAGCUUUGAAUGUGCUAUUCUAAACGAUGUCGUGCGGUACUUUUCAUUUUUAAAAUACAAACCUAAUUUUGUAUGCAGUUAUUUUUAUUUUUUAAACAUCACUUUUUCCCAUCAGAUGGCACUUUGCGCACAUAGUAAAGACGAAUAAAUGUAUGUGUUCAGU